AUGUUGUUCACAGCUUACUACCUCUCCAGCCUUGUGGGGCAGGCUUUUGCCAUUCCCGCUGCUUCUUUACCCACGGCUCAUACUGUCAAUGGGACGUACUCAGGGUUGAGCAUACCGUCUUUCAACCAAGAAGCAUUCUACGGCAUUCCGUAUGCCCAAGCGCCUGUUGGAGACCUUCGUCUCCGACGGUCUCUACCGUACAACCAAUCUUGGUCUGGCGUACGAAAUGCAACAGUCCGAUCUGAUUCUUGCCCAGGAUAUAACGGAUUUCCGCUUGCUCUUGUUGGUGGUAGUCUUAUCGAUGGACUUACCUUGGGAGAAGAUUGCUUAACAAUUGAUAUCGUCCGACCAGCCAACAUCAAUGCUUCCGACAAAUUACCCGUCUUCACAUGGUUUUACGGGGGAGGUUUCAUCGCUGGUGGAUCCGCUGAUCCCAAAUACAAUUUAUCAUACAUCGUCCGGAACUCAAUGGAUAUGGAUAAGCCCAUUAUAGGCACCAUCAUUAACUAUCGAACAAUGUGUUUUGGCUUCUUGGCAUCGAAAGAAGUUCUUCAUGCCAAUGUUAGCAAUCUUGGGCUCUUUGAUCAGCGACGCGGCCUUAAAUGGAUCCAAGAGAAUAUCCAAAGCUUUGGCGGUAAUCCGGACAAAGUGACAAUCGCGGGAGAGAGCGCAGGUGGUUCAAGUACCGGUUAUCACCUAAUUGGCUUCAAAGGCGACAAUGACGGACUGUUCCGUGGAGCGAUAAUGGAGAGCGCAAGUUUGUUAGGGGCUCCAAUUAAUAACCCUGAACAGCUGCAGAGAAGCUAUCAAGGCAUGUACGAUAACAUCACGACAACCGUGGGCUGUCACACCUUGAAUGACAGCCUGGCGUGCCUAAGAACUGUCCCCUUUGAAACUUUACACCAGGCGUGUAUUGGGUUUCGACAAACACCCAUUAUGGAUGGCGAGUUCAUUUCACAACUACCGUCACAAUCUAUUCAAAAAGGUGAAAUCGCCGAUGUGGCCAUUAUUAUGGGCAGCAAUACUGACGAAGGAACCGCGGUUUUCUUGGGCCCUCGUGCGAGCCCGUUGAACAACGACCAGGAUGUAUUCAAAUACGUCCAGGCUCUUGGAAGUGGUCUUGAUAAUUCAACCGUAGAAACAGUUAUGAAUCUAUAUCCGGAUGACCCAACUUGGGGUUGUCCCUUCGGGACUGGACCCGAACGGUUCGCAGAUCAGGGAUAUCAGUACAAGCGCGGCGCUGCCAUUGCUGGUGACUACUUUAUACACUCAGGAAGAAGGUUCUAUGCAAAUUCGCAUAGCAUUCAAAGCCAAAUGCCAAUGUACACGUAUAGAUUCGAUCAAGCACCUUGGAAUAUGAAGGAGCCCUCCAUUAUGAUUAUACCGCCAGUUUAUGUAACGCACUACUCUGAGAUCGUGUAUGUGUUUGACAACCCUAAUAACAACAGUAACUUCAUUGGACCCUACCCAGGAUAUGCGAAGCUACAGUCCUUUGUGUCGCGCUCUUGGGUGUCAUUUAUCCAUGAUCUAGAUCCCAAUAACCAUGGGCUUCAAGACCCGAAUCUCCCAAAAUGGCCAAAGUAUAGUUCCAGUCACCCUCAAAACAUUGUUUUCCGCGAAGGAGGAAGUUUCAUUGAGAAUGAUGAUUAUCGGAAACAGAAGCUGGCGUUUUGGCCCACUAUCUGGGCAGAAUUACAGACCUGAAAGACAUUAUAUUUCUG